CAAUAUUUACCGUUCCCCUCAGGCUAAGUACGAAGGUCAUAGAGUAUUCGUUACGAUGAAGCUUCCAUCUUUAAUCGCAGCAACUACUCUAGCAGCCCUACCGUUAUCCGUCUCUGUUACUCACAGAAGACAAGGGUCUUCUUGUGUCUCGGGCAGUUUUCAAUGCUUCAACCCAGUUAACGGCUCGUCCCAAGUUCUAGCCUGUAUUAACUCGUAUUGGGUCCUCUCCUCCAUCUGUGAACCGGGAACCCAAUGUGCCUCUACGUCAUCCGGCGGCUGUAUUUGCCAGCCCAUAUAAGGAAUUUGUUUCUAAGCAAUAAGGCAAUAGGAAGAUUACAGUUAAAAUAUUUAGCUCAUUUCUGGAGCAGAAAAUGGA